AUAUACCCUCCAACGUACGAAAGUCGUCUGCACAGUAAGUAAGUAUACGCAUACGCGAUCGUUGAUUAGCGAAUAGGUAGCGAAGUACUCUAGAGUAGAAACCGAACUCGUAGCAAGUAUAGUAACAGGUAAAAAUUCCAACGUGUUGCGCAUUCUUACUCUACCAAAGCUACAGCUACAUAUUUUCCAAUAUGUUGUCAGAUCUGGAAAGACAAGAUGAUGAAAUUUUUGCUAUUGAAAAUAUUUGCAGUCCAAAUCAAUUCCGUUACAAAAAGAAAACAAACAUCGAGUGCUUUUUUUCCGUUUCUUGUGAAUUAGCCAAUGAAAAUGUUUUGAUAGAUUACAAAAAUGUAACUAAAAAAGUAUACAUAAAGUAUUUGCCACCUGUUCGUUUGUAUGUGCAGCUUCCAAAAGACUAUCCAUCAGCCAGUCCGCCAAAGUAUAAUAUAGCAAUCAAUUGGAUGACUCCAUGGCAAGUGUCUUUAACUUGCCAAAAAUUGGAUGAACUUUGGCAGAGAAAUGAGUCUAAUGAGAUUCUUUUUAUUUGGCUUGAAUUUUUAAAAAGUGACUUACUUAAUUUUUUGCACAUAGAAGAUAUUUUAGAGGUAUCUUAUCUCAUGGAGUUGUAUGAAAAUCCAGAUGAUGAAUUUCUGUUGGAAGUCCUAAACUGGACAGAUGAACGAGUAGUAUACGGUGGUCUUUUCCUUAAUCCAAUUGAAAGAUUAAAAGAGUACAAUGAAUCUAGAGAUCGUUUUGAAUUUGAAUCUCAAUUUCAUUUAUGUGAUAUAUGUUUUUGUACGAGUGCUGGACAAAUGUGCAUCAGAGUGGAUGGAUGUAAUCAUGCAUUUUGCAAAGAGUGUAUUUUGCAAUACUUAACAAUGAAGAUUAACGAACGCUAUGUACUUAUUCAAUGUCCAGCUGCUGACUGUAAAGUAAAAAUGAAAUGUAGUCAAAUUCGAGGCAUUUGUUCAACAGAGUUGUUUCAGAAGUAUGAAGAAUAUUUAUUUGAGAAGCAGAUUCUGAAUAUGAAAAAAUUGAACUUGGUUUAUUGCCCAAGACGAUUCUGUCAAAAGGCUGUGUAUGUUAAGUUUGGAGAAAGUUUGGCUUCGUGUCCUGCCUGUGAAUACAAUUUCUGUGCAUUCUGCUUUAAAGUAUAUCAUGGGGUUUCAGCUUGUGAAAUGGAUUCCAAAGAGAAACUUCAAUUAAUAAAAGAAUAUGAAAGUGCUGACCUUGCUAAGAAGAAAUUUUUAGACAAGAAAUAUGGCAGACAUCAAAUUCGCCAAAUUGUAGAAAAGCAAUUAACUAAUGAAUACUUACAGAAAAAUACAAAAGCCUGUCCAACUUGUGGAGUGGUGACUGCAAAGCUCACUGGAUGCAAUCUUAUGACUUGCUCACACUGUCAUUCACAAUUCUGUUGGUUGUGUAAUUCAAAAAUUGUAUCUAGCGAUGAGUAUGAACAUUUUAAAUCAACAACUAAUGGACCAUGCAGUGGACGAUUGUUUGAGCCAAUUGACAAUCAAAUAGAUGAUUUUGAUCCUGAGGUAGAUAAUGGUUACGAUAUUGUACCAAACUGGAAUUUGGAUAUGUUUUUAAAUAUGCUACAUGCUCGGCAUUAAACUUUAAAAGAAACUAGAAGAUAAUUUAAUACAGUUUCAAUAAGUGAUUAUAAAUCAUAAAAUAUUUUAUUUCUAAAGUCUAUAUGUAUAAAAAUGUAUCUUAUAUUACAUAUCUAUAGUCUUAAAAUUACUUAACAACCAAUAAAUGACUUUAAUAUUGUCAACUCUUCUUGAA